UCAUCACCUAUUUUUAAAAAUUAGCAGUGCGUUGCAGCGGGCGGAGCAUUUGUUAUCGGUCUAUCAAGAAAAGAAAAUGAGACGGAGGGGGCGGAGGAGGGCCGCUGCCCAGGCGGAAGAUGACGGAGAUGAUUAUUAUUUUAAUUCGGGUGGCCCGUUUCCUUCUCCUUUCGGAGAGGAUGAGAAUCCCACUUCAAGAGUGUGCCAUUGGCUCUGACUUCGAAUCCAGUCCAUAAGACCACUACAACAUAGAGUCGAUACAGAGGAUUACCAAUUUACCAGGAACAAGUUUCGUUGUCUCAAGAGAGGACCCAGUUUCCAAGAAAGGGCCUCAGUGCACUAAUGGACACUAUAUAUGAACGGAUCCCAUUUUUUGAAGACCCUAGGUCAUACGCAUUCUGAUUGGGUCUUUGGCACAAUUGCAGAGCUCGUUGAUAACUCAAGAGAUGCCAAAGCCACCAAACUUUCUGUUAGCUUGGAAUAUCUGAAAUCGGUUGGUGAGGAAAUUCCUAUGCUCUCUUUUGUAGAUGAUGGGUGCGGUAUGAACCAUGAGGAGGUUUUGAAAAUGAUAUCAUUUGGCCCCCCUAAACGGAAGGAAUAUGACACUGGUCACAUUGGGAUUGGCAGAUUUGGCAUCAGCUUCAAGAUAGGAGCAAUGGCCCUGGGCAGGGAUGCCCUUGUUCUUACCCAGACUACCAAAUCCAGAUCUCUUGCUUUCCUUUCCCAGACACUAAAUGAGGGCAAAAUUGUAUGUUGAUUAAAGUAUUUGUCAAUUUAUAUUCUCUGGUCUUUCUCUGGUCUUUCUCUGGUCUUUCUCAUGCCCACCUCGUGACGCCACUGCGACGGCCCAUGAAGCUCCCUGGCAUCCUUGACCCGAACCACCAUGAGAGCCAUGCCUUGCUUGGCGCCUAAGGUCUCUCAGUUUCUCUUUUUGAUACCACUCGAGUAAUUCACCCAUUUGGGCAAACUGAACAUCACUCUCAUCGUUGUCCUCGUCGAUGUACGUAUCACCCCCAUCGUAUGUUGUCUCCUCAUGCUCUGUUUCAGGAACAUAUGUAGAGUCAUAGUUCUCGGUGUUGGUUUCAUACACUGAACUAACAUGGCCAUCGCUCACAAUUUGAGCCCGAUGACCUCCACGGCCUCUGCGGCCUCCACGGCUUCCCUUUGAGCCCCGAGAUGCAGCCCAGCUAGCCCCAAUGGCGCUACCAACACCUGCCCCCUCGGAUUGUUCCUUUUUGUCAUACGCCUACCC